CUUUCGGUUUCAAAUAUGAAACUUGAAUAUAUUCGAUUCCGGUGUCCCAGAGAACUUUGAACCUAAAACGAUGGGCAGUGUAUACAGGCAGUCAUAAAGUUGAAAAAAGAUGAACGACACUCAAAACAUUCCGGAUCCCAAACUGCUCUUUGCUUCAGACAAUGAAAAGACUUUUAGCUCGGACGAAUCACUACCAUCUCUGCCCGUCCCUGAUCUACAACACACAUUACAGAGAUACUUGGACUCAGUGAAACCACAUGUCACAGAUGAAGAGUAUCGACAAACAGAGUUCAUAGUUCAACAGUUUGCAUCAGGUAUUGGAAAAGAACUCCAUAAAAAACUGGUAGAGAAAGCGAGUAAGGAGAGGAAUUGGCUGGAGAAAUGGUGGGAAGAAAAGGGAUAUCUAGAGCUAGGAAUUCCUAUGGUGCCAUUUAUGAAUUUGAUUGGUCCAGGACCUUAUGUCAAUCAUUUCUGGACUCCUCAGAGAGGAACUCAGUUAGAGAGGGCGGGGUUUGUUCUACACUAUGUCACUACAUUCUGGAAGCUCAUUAGAAGUGAGAAACUGAAGGUGGAAGUAGACAACAAAGGUAGAAAGAUGUGUAUGAACCAGAUGAGGAGAGCUUUCUCCACCUGUCGGGUGCCAGGUGUGUUCAGGGACCAGCUCCUCAGCCACUUCAAGACAGAAUCGGAGGGUCAGACACCGGUCCAUGCUGUUGUAUUGUACAAGGGGCGGAUGUUCAGUGUAGACAUGGUGGACGACCAGGAGGAACCCCUGAGGCCCCCUGAAAUCCAGCAUCAGCUGACCCAGAUAAAAGAGCAAUGUGACAAGGAGCCCCCAGGGAUAGGGUUAGGGGCACUCACGGGGGAAACCAGAAAAAAAUGGGCUGAGAUGAGAAGCAGACUAAGUGCCCUACACCCAGAAAACUUCCACAACUUGAAGAAGAUAGAAACAAGUCUGUUCACAGUCUCUCUUGAUGAAACAGAGCCACAAAACAACUCAGAGACAUUUUUCUACACUGGAGCAGGCAUCAAUGCCAAAGACAGAUGGUUUGACAAGAGUGUUAAUCAUAUCUUCUAUCGUAAUGGCAUAUGCGGUUGUAACUGUGAUCAUGCUCCAUAUGAUGGCAUGGUCAUGAUUUCAAGUACCUUCUACAUCGACCUUAAUGUACAGAGGUCAAAAGGAAAAUGGCAGGGUUCUAUGGAGAUUCGAAAUCUACCAAAGCCCACAGAAUUAAAAUUCCAUGUGGAUAGCGUGAUUCUUGAGGCCAUUGUAGCUGCUGAGAAGUUCUUUUUAAGCAAUGCAAGUCUUUUAUCAUGCAAUACAUUCAAAUACACAAAGUAUGGCAAGAAAGCUUUGAGGAAACACAAACUUCACCCAGACACCCAUAUUCAGCUGGUUCUACAAUAUGCAUACUACAAAACCCACGGAAAACCAGCCCCUGUCUAUGAAACAGCCACAACCAGAAAGUUUUAUCAUGGCAGGACAGAGACAUUGAGGUCAUGCACAGUGGAAGCAGUCGAGUUUUGCAAGGCCAUGUGUAACCCCAAGACAUCGGUUCAGGAGAGAAAAAUGACAUAUCUAAAAGCAGCCAAUCGACACAACAAAUUAAUGGAAGAAGCCAAAGAGCUGCAAGGUUGUGACAGGCAUUUACUUGGCCUAGCAACAAUAGCAGAAGAAUUGGGUCUACCAAAACCACUGCUUUACCAGGACAAGUCUUUUACUAAAAGUGGAGGAGGGGGUAACUUUGAACUCUCCACCAGCUUUGUGGGGUACACGCCGGUAUUCGGGGGCGUGGCAGCAAUGACCAAUGAUGGAUACGGCUCCUUUUACCACAUGGAGGACAAGUACAUAGAGGUAGUGGUUACAACUUGGAAGACCAGCAAGAUAGCCAGCUCUGAUAAAUUUGCAGAGGAAAUUCAGACCUGCUUUGAUCAAGUAGGAAGUGUGGUCCUCUCAGAUUCGAACCUCACUGCCAAACUUUAACAAAUGUUUGACAAGGGAUUGGACAUGACAAGAAAACCGACAACGUAAUCAAUGCAAUUAUGACGAAAAUGAGGCAUGAGAUAGUGUUUAUGGAAACACAUUAUAUACAUGUACAUGUAAUGUACCUUAAUGUCACUGAUCAUUAUUUCAAUCUGCUGAUUAAAAAUUUAAUUUAGUAAAACGUCAUGUAUUUAGUUACGGGAUGCAAGCUAUGAAAUAACUGCAGUUUUAUAUCUUAGUGGCACAAACACAUUAUAUACAUGUAGACUGAUAAUCAGUUUCAAAGGACACAUUGUAACUGAUUUUAUUUUGAUAUUUUUAUAAUCUUAACCUGAUUUGCAUUUUAUUUCAUUAAAUGAAAAAAAAAACCUUCGGGUUAGAUAUUAUUUAUUAUGCAAUUAAUACAAUUAUGAUAAAACUGAGCAAUGAGUUCAUGUAUUUAUUGAAACACAUUAUAACAUAUACCUUAACAUCCCCAUUCAUUAUUUCAAUUUGCUGAUGAAAAAUGAAUCAUGAACGAUUGCAAAUUUGUAACUAUUCCGUAUACCUUUUUUUGCGUGUCACAAAAUUUGCGAAAAUAGGGAAAAUAUGUAACUUUGUUUUAUUUGGGGAGGUCAUUUUUUACCGUUUGUGCCAUUAAAUAGUUUCCUUAUAGCAAACAAUACCGGAUGUAUUUUUUUCUGAGUUUUGAUUUUUUGCGAUGUAAAAGUGAAAAAAAAAGAUCAUCGUAAAAGGUUUUCAAUGUAUAAUGAAAGGAUAUUGAACAAUUUUAAACUAGUUAAAUAUGUAUUGCUAGAUAACAACGAAAGUAAAAGGAACCAAAUUCACAUGACUAACAUAUAAGAAGCCAGUCAUUUUGUACCUUAAAUUUUUUUUAAAGAGUUAUCUCUCCUUAAUGAAAAAAAGGGAAAUUUUAAUUUGUCGAAAUAUCUGCGGUAAAUGAUUUAUUUUAUUUCAUAUUUUAAUAAAAUGAAAGUUUACGCAUGUAUUAACCAAGAGAGUUUUUACGGAAUUUAAGUUACUCUUAACAAUAUCUUAAUAAAACAUACGUAGCCCAUAUACUUCAAUGCAAAAUUCAAGGUGUAAUUAGUUGGACCAUAAUCAAAAUUUUGAAAAUUCGAUUGGUGGAGUUUUUUUUUAUAUUUGAUAACACCUUCAAAAUGAUAUCAUGAGUAAGAAUAUCGGUCCAUUCAUUUAUCAGGUACAAAAUGUGGUCGAACAUAUUGUAAUUAAUUUUAUGAUAAUUUUUUAGAAUUGUUACCUGAUUUGUAUUUCAUUCAUAAAAUGAAAAUUAUACUGUGUUAAAAAUAAUCAUUGUUUAAUCCCGGUAAAAUAUUUGCAAUAUAGAGGAUGUUCCUGGUUGAUAAUUUUUUUAAACUUAUACGAGCCAUAUAUUUAAUUACGUUAUGAAUGUGAUACAAUUUUUGUUUUGAUUUUACAUUUUUAAGAGUGUUUUUAUUAUUAUUUGAUCGGUGUUUAUUUUUAAUCAUGCUUGUAUGAAGUUAAUUGACCCCGCCUUCAUUUGCUCACAAGAAAUUGUUGUUUGACAAUCCUCAGUAUAUAUGACUGUACAUGUAAAUAUAUAACAAUCCAAUGCAACUAUGAAUUUGUUAAUAGAUUUCUUUACAAAUCA